AUGGCUGUCCAAGUAAAUCAAGUCAAAUUAAAGUUGUUCUUUAAUUUUCCAGCUGCAAUUAAACCCAGGAUCUUUGAACCCCGAAUUUUUGACAAGGAGGCCACAGGCUUUGGGCCCAUAUUUGAGGAAGAGCCAUUGGACACAGUGUAUGCAGAGGAUUCACCGGAGAACAAAAUCUCCAUGAACUGCAGAGCGCGGGCCAACCCUCCGGCCAUUAUCAAAUGGUGGUUAAACAACUGGGAAAUUAAACUGAUGGAACAACCUGAUGAGCACUUUAGCCUGGUGGGAGGAAACCUGGUCAUCACCAACCCAGACAAGAGCAAGCAUGCUGGGAAAUAUGUGUGUGUGGCUAAGAACGUGUACGGCACUGUCAUCAGCAAAGAGGCCACUGUCAAAUUUGGAUACCUAAACCAGUUCCCUACAGAUGAGAGAGAGCCGGUGCAUGUUAAGGAGGGACAAGGAGCGGUACUGCUGUGUUCUCCUCCCUCUCGCUAUCCAAGUGAGGUGAUGUUCCGCUGGAUCUACAACGACUUCCCCAACUUCAUCAUACCAGACCAGAGGCGUUUCGUGUCACAGACCACUGGCAAUCUGUACAUCGCUAAAGUCGAGGCAUCUGAUGUUGGGAAUUAUUCUUGUUUCGUGUCAAGCCCCACCAUCGGCAAGAGUGUUUUCAGCAUGCCGAUUUCUCUGAUUCCACAAGUAGAGAAGGAGGUGAAGCGGUAUCCCGCUGAUAUCCGUGUGAAAUUUCCCAAGACUUAUGCUUUGGUGCAUCAGAACAUCACUCUGGAGUGCUUUGCCCUUGGAAAUCCGCUCCCACACAUCCGCUGGAGGAAAUUAGAUGCUGAUCUCCCACCCAGCUAUGAGGUCAGCAUGAAUGGAGCUUUACUGCACCUGAUUAACGUUCAGUACGAGGAUGAAGGGAGCUACGAGUGUGAGACGCUCAACGUUAAAGGGAUGGACUGGUAUCGACAGUGGCUCUAUGUGGAAGGUGCUCCAGAGUGGGCUGAGCACAUCAAUGACACAGAGAAAGAUGUUGGUAGCGAACUCACUCUCAGGUGUGUUGCCGUGGGGAAGCCUUUACCGUGGAUACGCUGGCUGAAGGAUGGCUAUUCGUACGGCAAAGGGGAGCUGAAGUUCUCCAGUCUCACAUUUGAGGAUUCGGGCAUGUAUCAGUGUAUUGCUGAGAAUGAAUGGGGGACCAUCUAUGCCAGCGCGGAGCUUCGGGUUGUCUCCUGUGCACCAACAUUCAUUUAUAAUCCAGUGAAGAAGAUUUUGCUCGGGGCUGAAAACGGACGUGUGGUUAUAGAGUGCAAACCCCGCGCUGCUCCUAAACCCAAGUUCAUCUGGAAACGAGGCUCAGAGCUGCUGGCCAACUCUUCAAGGAUGUUAAUUUGGGAUGAUGGAAGUCUGGAGAUUCUGAACGUGUCAAAAAGUGACGAGGGCUCGUACACAUGCUAUGCUGAGAAUGACCGUGGCAAAUCCAACAGCACAGGGACUCUCACUAUCACCGAGGCCACCAAAAUCAUAGUGGCUCCAUCAGACACUGAGGCGGUUGUAGGUGACACUACAAUUCUCCAGUGCUCUGCAUCAUAUGAUCCCAGCCUGGACAUCACCUUUAUCUGGACUGUUGAUUCCUACGUCAUCAACUUCUACACAGACUUUGAACACUACGAGCUGCUCAAUGGUCACGAGAACAGCGGAGACCUGCUGAUCAAGAACAUUCAGGUGAGGCACGCAGGACACUAUUCCUGCACAGCUCAGAGCAUAGUGGACAAUGCCACCGCAGAAGCUGAUGUUUUUGUCAAAGGUCUGCCUGGUCCUCCAGGUGGCGUCCGUGUGGAAGAGAUUGGAGACACGACAGUAAAACUACGAUGGAGUCUGGGAUCAGACCACAGUAGUCCUCUUAUCCAACAUGUUGUCCAAACACGAGACUUUUACGCCCUGGAUCCUGAGGACUGGAAAACCGCAUCCACCUCUCCUGUGUUUUUGGACGGAUCUACAGAGUCAGCCACCAUAGUUGACCUUUACCCCUGGAUGCAAUAUGAAUUCCGUGUGCAUGCCAUCAAUGAAUUUGGAGCUGGGGAAAACAGCCGUCCGUCCAUCAAAAUCAAGACAUGGGACGCCAGGCCUACAGUAGCUCCUUCUGACGUACUGGGGCAAGUUGGAAUAAGCGGAGAGCUCAUCGUGACCUGGAGUCCUGUAAAGCCUCAGUUCUUCUUUGGUAAAAAAUUUGGCUACGUCGUGGCGUUUAAGCAGCAUGAGGAUUAUGAAUGGAAAUGGGCGACUGUGGAGGAUCCCGAGACUAGACGCUACGUCUACAAAGAGAGCAUGACCCCAGACACUGAGAUACAGGUCAAAGUGAACACCUACAAUAACAAAGGAGAAGGACCCUCAAGUCUUAUAUCAGUGGUCUACUCACCAAGGCUAGCACCGACUGAAGCUCCAUUAGAUGUCUACGCCCGCCAGGUCACCGCUACAGAAGCUUUGGUCUGGUGGUUACCGGUCUACCAGGCACCGCCAAACUGGGUCGACGGAUACCAGAUUCGUUACUGGAGGAAGUACGAUGAUAAUGAGGCUGCUGCCUCUCGAGUCCUUGUGCAUAGAACAAUUAACCAAACACGCCUGGAGAACAUGCGGCCUGACUCCCACUACCUCAUAGAGGUACGAGCGUUCAACGGAGCUGGGCUCGGGCCACCCAGCGAGCAUUGUGAAAUGUUCACCAGGAGACCACCCCCAAGUCGCCAUUUGAGAGUCUACAAAUAUGUCAGCUUUAAUCGCAAAUGGCUCUAUCUAUAUUGGGAUCACAUCUAUAACUACUGGAAUGAGUCAUAUGUGGAGGGAUACAAGAUUUUGUUCAGGAGGGAAGGAGAGCGUUAUGGGAAGCUUUACACCACGGGCAGACACUACAUCGACUUUCCCAUGCCAGAGACAGACGAUUACGUCAUAGAGGUCCGAGCCCGAUGUGAGGGAGGUGAUGGACCCAUAUCACAGAUCAGAGUGCAAGAGGCCACCAAAAUCAUAGUGGCUCCAUCAGACACUGAGGCGGUUGUAGGUGACACUACAAUUCUCCAGUGCUCUGCAUCAUAUGAUCCCAGCCUGGACAUCACCUUUAUCUGGACUGUUGAUUCCUACGUCAUCAACUUCUACACAGACUUUGAACACUACGAGCUGCUCAAUGGUCACGAGAACAGCGGAGACCUGCUGAUCAAGAACAUUCAGGUGAGGCACGCAGGACACUAUUCCUGCACAGCUCAGAGCAUAGUGGACAAUGCCACCGCAGAAGCUGAUGUUUUUGUCAAAGGUCUGCCUGGUCCUCCAGGUGGCGUCCGUGUGGAAGAGAUUGGAGACACGACAGUAAAACUACGAUGGAGUCUGGGAUCAGACCACAGUAGUCCUCUUAUCCAACAUGUUGUCCAAACACGAGACUUUUACGCCCUGGAUCCUGAGGACUGGAAAACCGCAUCCACCUCUCCUGUGUUUUUGGACGGAUCUACAGAGUCAGCCACCAUAGUUGACCUUUACCCCUGGAUGCAAUAUGAAUUCCGUGUGCAUGCCAUCAAUGAAUUUGGAGCUGGGGAAAACAGCCGUCCGUCCAUCAAAAUCAAGACAUGGGACGCCAGGCCUACAGUAGCUCCUUCUGACGUACUGGGGCAAGUUGGAAUAAGCGGAGAGCUCAUCGUGACCUGGAGUCCUGUAAAGCCUCAGUUCUUCUUUGGUAAAAAAUUUGGCUACGUCGUGGCGUUUAAGCAGCAUGAGGAUUAUGAAUGGAAAUGGGCGACUGUGGAGGAUCCCGAGACUAGACGCUACGUCUACAAAGAGAGCAUGACCCCAGACACUGAGAUACAGGUCAAAGUGAACACCUACAAUAACAAAGGAGAAGGACCCUCAAGUCUUAUAUCAGUGGUCUACUCACCAAGGCUAGCACCGACUGAAGCUCCAUUAGAUGUCUACGCCCGCCAGGUCACCGCUACAGAAGCUUUGGUCUGGUGGUUACCGGUCUACCAGGCACCGCCAAACUGGGUCGACGGAUACCAGAUUCGUUACUGGAGGAAGUACGAUGAUAAUGAGGCUGCUGCCUCUCGAGUCCUUGUGCAUAGAACAAUUAACCAAACACGCCUGGAGAACAUGCGGCCUGACUCCCACUACCUCAUAGAGGUACGAGCGUUCAACGGAGCUGGGCUCGGGCCACCCAGCGAGCAUUGUGAAAUGUUCACCAGGAGACCACCCCCAAGUCGCCAUUUGAGAGUCUACAAAUAUGUCAGCUUUAAUCGCAAAUGGCUCUAUCUAUAUUGGGAUCACAUCUAUAACUACUGGAAUGAGUCAUAUGUGGAGGGAUACAAGAUUUUGUUCAGGAGGGAAGGAGAGCGUUAUGGGAAGCUUUACACCACGGGCAGACACUACAUCGACUUUCCCAUGCCAGAGACAGACGAUUACGUCAUAGAGGUCCGAGCCCGAUGUGAGGGAGGUGAUGGACCCAUAUCACAGAUCAGAGUGCAAGGUAAAGCCGCUUUGGGUGCUGAAUCUCUCAGCGUCGCCUCUGUCUUGCUGCUGGCACUGAGCUGGAUGAAUUUAGGCCUGUAGGCAAAAACAACUGUCAACACUUUGGCGGAAUUCACUUUUAAGAAACAAUCUUAAUAUAGUUUGAGUGCAUUUCCUUAAAGGGUGGUUUUCAUGGUGCAGAUGAUGUUUGUUUAGGAGUGUAGAAUAUAAAGAAUUUGUUUGAAUUUACCCUCUUGGUUUGCCUUACAAACUACCCACAAUCAACUAAUGAAACAGUAUUGUAAAAUAAAUGUGGUAGCAGGGUAUGGUGAAUUGUUUGAUGACUUCCCAGUCACUUAUUCAGAAAUAAGACAUGCCAUAUUUAUUUAUUUAUCAUAGAACAUGCUUUGCUAGUCAUUUUUUUUUACGUCAACAGCUGCUCUACUGUACAUUAUCGCUCACAUGUUUGAACCUCAGUGUUUGUUUAUACACUUGCUUGUCCACAUAUUUAAUUUCCAUUUGACAAUGUUUACAAAUUUUU